CAGAAGCCGAGAGACGUCGCCCGUGGCUCGUUCGCGACAUGUCGGCCUGCCAGGCGCUGGGCGCUGCCUCGGACCCGGGGCACGGGGGCUGCAGGCGGGCCUGGGUCGAGCUGCUGGCGGGAAGGGUCAAGAGGCAGAAAUUGGGUCCCGAAGGUGAGCAGAAGGUCAGGGAGUCGGCUCUGCGCCUCCUGAGGAGCCACCUAAACGUGGGUGACCUUGUGCUGGAGGUAGAAGGUCCUCCCGGUAAACAGCUGUGUCUCAGCCGGUUGAUUGAUUAUGAUGGUCCUGGGGCCCACAUUGACCUUUCCAGUUCAUUGAUAGGCUCUGCUUUGCGCGACCAAGCCGCGCAGCUGGGUGUUCCAGCGGCCGUCCUGUGCAGCCAGGUGGUGGCCUCUGGCCUCGUGCGGGUCUGUGAGGCAGAUGCGGUGCCCCCUCCCAAGGUGCUGCUGACACCGGACCAGAGGAAGAAACUGUCUUCCUUGUUUGAGAUCGCGCAGAAUUUAUUAGCACAAAGCAUGUUCUCCCGUCUUUCCUUCUGUCAGGAAUUAUGGAAAGUACAGAAUUCUUUGCUGCUUGAAGCUGUGUGGCGCCUUCAUGUUCAAAACAUUGUAAGCCUCCAAGAGCUGCUGGAAAGCCAUGCCGACUCUCAGGCCGUGGUGGCCUGGCUCUCCAGGGACCUGCGCCUGCUGUGUGAGCAGACAGAGGCACCCUGUCAGCACGCCGACGUCGCCAGGGCUAUGCUUGCUGAUUUUGUGCAAAUGCUUGUUUCGAGGGGAUUCCAGAAGAACGCGGAUGUGAGAGGAACCGUGGACCCGGAGUGGAUGUCCCAGGUGGCCGUCGCUGUUCUCGAGAGGAUGCUGGCUUCCGCGCUCGAAGCUUUGGCGGCCGGGAUACAGGAGGGGUCCGCAGCACACAAGGCAGUGAGCUGCUGGUUCGGUGUGUUCAGUGGACACAUGUAUGGAAGUAUAAUUUCAACCGAGUCUCCAAAGAGGUUCUUCUGUCACACUCUGACCCAGAUCCUCACCCACAAGCCUGUGCUGAAAGUUUCCGACGCCGUUCAGAUGCAGAGAGAGUGGAGCUUUGCAAGGACCCCGCCUCUCCUCAGUGGCCUGUACCGUAGGCUCUUCGUGACCCUGAGCCCAGAGGAGCUGGUGGGCCACUUGCAAGAGGCUCUGGAAACACAGGAGGUGAACUGGCAGCACGUGCUGUCCUGCGUGUCCACACUGGUGAUCUGCUUGCCAGACGCACAGCAGCUCGUUGAUGGUUGGGUGUCGCGUUUGCUGACUCAUGCGUUCGAGAGCUGUGACCUGGACAGCAUGGUCUUGGCGUUCCUGGUUGCACGGCAGGCUGCGCUGGAGGGCCCAGCUGCCUUCCCGUCCUAUGCCGCCUGGUUCCAGGCCACCUUCGGGAGCGCAAGGGGCUUCCACGGCUCCAGCAAGAAGGCGCUGGUCUUCCUCUUCAAGUUCCUGUCUGACCUCGUGCCCUUCGAGGCCCCCCGGUACCUGCAGGUGCACAUCCUCCACCCGCCACUGGUUCCCAGCAAGUACCGCAGCCUCCUCACCGACUACGUGGCGCUGGCCAGGACGCGCCUGGCUGACCUCAAGGUUUCUGUAGAAAACAUGGGGCUCUAUGAGGAUUUGUCUUCAGCUGGGGACGUCACGGAGCCCCGCUGCCAAGCGGCCCAGGAUGUUGAGAAGGCCAUCAUGGUGUUUGAACACACGGGGAAGAUUCCCGCCGCCGUCCUGGAGGCCAGCAUAUUCCGGAGGUCCUACUACCUGUCCCACUUUCUCCCCGCCCUGCUCACACCGCGAGUGCUCCCGAGGGUCCCUGAUUCCCGGGCCGCUCUCAUAGAGUCCCUGAGGAGAGCAGAUAAAAUUCCCCCCUCCUUAUACUCCACCUACCGCCAAGCCUGCUCCACUGUCGGAGAGAAGAAGCCAGAAGAUGCAGCCUCGCAGAGGGAGGUGGAGCCCAGCUGUAAGGAGGAGCCGCUGGGUCUGCUCACAACUGCCCUGCGAGAGCUCAGGGCCUCAGUGACAGAUCCCACCCAGCGUGACGCGUUGUUGGCUCAGAUGGCAGUGAUCUCUGAACAGCUCCGCUCCGCCCUGGGCCUCGGCGAGGAUGACAGCGACUUCGAGGGGGCCCCGGUUCAGCUCAGCGUCCGGGCCCCCAAGCUGCAGCCGUGGGAGCAGAGGGUCGUGGACCUUCUGCUGACGUCUUUCUGUCAGAACCUCAUGGCGGCCUCCAGCGUUGCCCCACCAGACAGGCAGGGCCCCUGGGCCGCCCACUUCGUGAGGACCCUGUGCAGACGCAGGCUCCUGCCGGCUCUGCUCAGCCGGCUCUGCCAACUGCUCCAUCACCAGGGCCCGAGCCUGAGUGCCUCACAUGUGGUGGGGUUGGCUGCCCUGGCCGUCCACCUCGGCGAGUCCAGGUCUGCCCUCCCGGAGGUGCAUGUGGGCCCUCCCACCCCUGCCAGGGUCCUGCCCGUCCCCGAGCUCUUCGACAUCCUCCUGCCCUGUAGGACCCAGGAGUCCUCAGCCCUGUGUCUGAAAUUUUGUACAGCGGCAAUUUCUUAUUCUUUGUGUAAGUUUUCUUCCCAGUCACGUGACAUCUCGUACAGCUGUUUGUCUCCAGGCCUUAUAAAAAAGUUCCAGUUCAUGGUGUUCAGAUGGUUCUCAGAGGCCCGAGACCCUCCCUCUUGGGAAGACCCGGCCAGCUCUCCCUGGCGGCCCCUGUGCCUGCCCUCCGUGGACUGGCAGCGAGCCGCUCUCUGCCUGUGGAAGCAGAGGACCUUGCGGGAACUGCUGAAGCAGGAGGGACUCCAUUUGACUUACAGAGACUGGUUACAGCUGGAACUAGAAAUUCAGCCUGAAGUUGAUUCUCUUUCAGAUACAGAAAGGCAGGACUUCCACCAGUGGGCCAUCCACCAGCACUUCCUCCCCGCGCCCUCUGCCACCGGGGGCUGCGAUGGAGACCUGGAAGUCGCCUGUGCCACGCUUGUCGACGUGCUCAUGGACUUCUGCCAAAGUUCAAGGAGUUAUGGUCGCUCAGAGAAUUCUGAUUUGGUUCUUGGUGGCUGCACAGGAAAUCGCGAUAUUUUUUCCAGAUUGCAGGAGAUGGCUGCUGGCCUGGAGCAGGGCCCAGCGCGCCUCGGCCAUGCUGCUCCCCGGGGCCACUUCCUCUUUGGAGUUUUCUGCAGACGCCUCCAGGCCCUGGCUCGAGGGUGGGACGUGGCCAGCCGCCUGCAGCGACAGCAGGAGCUGCUCAUGUGCAAACGCAUCCUCCUCGGCCUGCCCCCCUCCGUGCUUGUCGGCAGCCCCCGCUUGGAGCAGCUGGCCGCCCCCGACUGCGAUGACUUCUUCCACUUGGUCAACUCGGAGCUGAGAAACUUCUCCCACGACGGCGCCCUGACCCACGACAUCACGGCCCACUUCUUCAGGGGGCUCCUCAAUGCCUGUUUACGAAGCAGAGACCCCUCCCUGGCAGCCGACCUGACCCUGACUGCCUGCCAGACCCAGUGCCCCUUGCUUCUGACCUCUGCUCUGCUGUGGUGGCCGCACCUGGAGCCCGAGCUUCACCGCCGCUGGAGGAGAUGCUCUCAGAGCCCGCUGCCUGCAGAGCUGCGGAGGCUGCAGGAGGCCCGGCACUUUGCCGGGAGCGUCCUCUCCCCCCUUGCGGCACCCCCCACACCUGGCCCGGCCUGGCUCUGCGCGGCUGCCCUGCACUUUAUGAUUCGACAGGCCGGGAAGGAGAGCAUCCGGCGGGAGCUGGGGCAGCUGGACGGCCAAGGAGAGGAGCUGUUGGUUUUCCUGUUUUUUUUUUCCUUGAUGGGCCUGCUCUCUUCACAUCUGACCCCACAGGCCGCUGGCUCCCUGAAGCCUCUGGACGUCUGUGCCGAGGUCCUGGGGUGUCUGCAGAGGAAGAGGAUUUCCUGGCUGCCGCUCUUUCAGUUGACGGAGACGGAUGCCGGCCUGGGGCGCACCCUCCUCCGCCUGGCCCCCGACCACCAGGUCAGGCUGCUGCCGGUCGCCUUCUACAGCCUCCUGUCCUACUUUGACGAGGACGCCCUCCUCCAGGAAGACGCCUUCCUGCACGUUGCUGUUAACAUGUACCUGAAGCUCGUGGGCCUCUUCGUGGCUGGGGAGACUGGUGCGGUUUGGACUCUGGCCCACAGUGGGGACCUCCAGGCCCAGGGCGACCCCGUAAGCCUGAUUACAAACGCUCGUCUUUUUCUGCUGCAGUCGAUACCUCGGUGCCCGAAAAGGAGCUUCUCAGGCGUGGCAGAGCUGCUGGGUGCGAGUGCGGACUGUGACCCGGAAGUGCGUGCCGCCCUCCUCAGCAGGCAGCAGGCCAUGCUGGACCCUGACCUCUACCAGGAGCCCCGACUCUUCUGACAGGAUCUGUGCAGGGCAUAGCCCAACUCCUCGGCCGAUUUCCUUGAGCACAAAUUUUUAGAGGAAGCCAACUCAGCAACGUUGCAUAGAUGACUGAUGACAGCUGCUGCUACUCUUAAGACCCCCCGCCGCGCUGGGCCCUCUGCGGGGUACCCACUGCAAAGGCAAUCUUAACGCUCUUGAACAGAACUUGAACCGUCACGCCCCACGCCAGUGGUUC